GGCUGUGCCAGAGAUGCUUUUCCAGGCUCGGAGACGAUCAAUGCUGACAAUGUCCCGGCGCUUCGAUUCCCAUGGAUGACCCUGCGCCAGUGCUGCGGCUGCUGAAGCGCCGCCUGCGGCCUAUCUCCGGCAGGGCACAGCUGCAGGCUUUGCCAGCCUCACCCACAAGUGCAGGCCCAAAGAACCAAUGGCCUGGGUAUCCAGCUCGUGCAGCGUUCACGGGAUCAGGUGAAGCAGUUGCUGCAGGACGUCAGGGACCAGUUGAGGUCAACGUGUCUUACCGACGUUCCUGUCGAAGUGAGCAGCUGCCAAAGAAGACUUCGAGCAAAGACUUGGAGGCAAAGAUUAAGAAGGAGCCUCAACCGCUGGAGGGCACGAAGCCGCCCUCGGAUCAGCCUCUCGAGGAUGUGCCUGGACAAGAAUUUUCGGCCCUGAGCUUUGUGCUGCUGCCUCAAAGCUCUUUGUGCAAGAAGGCACCUGGGUGCGUGCAGCUGAGUCGCCCAGGUUGUACCUUGAAUGCGCGCAGCUACAGGCUGCUCGGAGGUGCACUAGAAGUGACGUCUGCGGGAUGUGCAGGUCUUUGGCCAGAGCUUGAACAGAUCUUGUUGCCAAUGGCGCAGCGAGCUGUGCAACAGGCUCACAGCCUUUGCAUUUGGCUGCAUGGCCCACGCGGCAGUGGUAAAAGCCGGCUGAUGUGGGGUGCCGAGAGGAGCCAGAGCAUGGCAGGUCUGCUGGCACGCAUUAUUUUCAAGACCUUGCAGGAGCUUCAGUUGCUCCCAAUCAAGGAAAAUGACGACCGCGUUUUGGUCACGCUGCAGUUUUUAAAGUUUGGAGUGCAAACCGAGCUCUGCGGUGACUGCCUGGUUGGGCCCAACUUUGACCCACGGCUGAAGCCGCGAGAUGCCGCGCUGCAGGAGCAUGGCUUUAUCAUGGAGGGUGCCGCUGAGCGAGAAGUCAGGCAUCCACAGGAGCUUCUCAGCGCACUGGAGCGGGGUGUGACCGCAUUGCAAUCGCCGGGCACGUUCCGCAGUGGCCGGCGCUGUGUGGAAGAUGCGUUGGCCCAUGGGCUUUGCACGUUUCGUGUUCGACGACGUAUUGGAACUGCUGUGCUUGCCACCACCAUUCACUUGCUGGAUUUGGUUGGUGCAGAAAUGUCCGGGGUGAAGGUCAACAAGAACACGCCCCACCAGGAGGACAAGACACUCAAAGCUGUCCUCAGGGUUGUAGAUGCUUUGGCAGAGGACCCAGAAUAUCGUUUCAGAGAUGGUCACACAGCCCCACGUUACAUUCCCUAUCGGGACUCCAAAGUCACGCGGCUGCUGCGGCCCUGCUUUGGUGGGCCUGGACGUGCAGUGCUCUUCGGCCUCGCGGCCGAGGGCCAUGAUGCUAUGCUGGCGACCUUGGAGUUAGCGCAAAGGAACGAACGCCAGCACACUCGCGAGAAGCUACAGAGAUUUGUCUUUGACCGGGAGACCAAGCUCCAGGAAAUAGAGGCUGAGGUCUCCAAGCUUUGCGAGCACCUGGGUAUUGCAAGCCCAGACAAGAUGCAGCUGACCAUGGAAGCGUCCCCGUCCGAAGAGGAGCUUCGCCUGGCGGAGCUGCUGCAGCUGCGGCGCCGUGUGGAGCAGUUCGAGGAUUGGCAAAGGAUCCGCCAGGCAUCUCGACAUCUCUUUCCCAGUGAGGUGAACAACAUCUCGUGCGGGAUGGAAGAGGAAAACUGGGGCACAACUGGAAGCCUCGGACAGCGCACUUUCUCGGGAGGAGCUUCGGGUCAAGCAGCUCGGCUCUGGCAGCAAGGUGCCACCCGUGGCUAUUCAGGCGUCAUUGUGGGCGGCGGCGUGACGGGCUGUGCCAUGCUCUACAACCUCGCAAAGCGAGGGGUGAAAUGUGUGCUCUUUGAGAAGGGGGAGCUAACGUGCGGUGCCACUUGGCACGCGGCUGGACUUGUAACACGCUUUCACGGUGGUAACAACUUCCGGCUUUGGCAUGACGAGGGCGUCAACCUCUUCUCCCAGUGGCAGGCAGAAGGCACACCGUUGAGCUUCCACACACCGGGUUCCAUCCGGCUGAUCCCCAAUCAGCGGGACUACAUAGAUGAAGCGAAAUACCAGGUGAGCAAAGCCAAGAUCUUUUCGGGGCUUUUUGAAUGUGAGCAGCAUCAUAUGAUCUCUGUGGAUGAGAUCAAGGAGAAGCAUCCGCUAGUGAACUUGGAAGACACGGGCAUCUAUGGCGGAAUCUUCACUGAGGGCGACGGCCACAUUGAUCCCAGCAGUGUGACCAAUGCCUUUGCGGAUCGAGCCAAAGGCCUGGGCGGCACCAUUGAGCAGAAGACAGAGGUCGUAG